AUGGAGGACCAAAUAAAAUAUUUGAUAAAUAUUAUAAAAGGCAACGAUUUCCAUGAUGUUAAACCUCCUAAUAUUUAUAACAACCUUAAGAAAAUGUUAGGUAAACCAUUGGUUGCUAACGUUGAUUAUGAUUCUGAGACAUUGGAGAAACAAUCAGAGGUUGAACUGAUGGUCAAUGGAAUAUAUCAAGACAUUUUAGAUAGUCAUCGUCAUAUUAAUAAUCAUUUUGAAAUAGAAAAACAUGGUGAGUUUGUGAAUAGAAGCUUAACUAUACCAUUACCUGGAUAUUACAAGGGAUAUGAUGCGAAUCAUUCAUGGAUGUUAUACUGGUUAACUAACGCAAAUUGCUUAUUGGGACAACAAGAGAAUGAACUCGAAAUGAAGGAUUUGAUCGUAGAGAAGAUCAAGACUUUAAUUGUUGAUAAUGGUAAAGGAGGUAUUAGUGGAGGUGCUAACCAAUUGGGACAUUUAGCUUCUAGUUAUGCGGCAAUAUUAACACUUGUGUUAGUUGAAGAAUUUGAUCUCUUGAAGUCCAUAAGUUCCAAUUUAUAUCAAUGGAUGAUGAGUUUGAAGCAAGAUGAUGGGUCUUUCAUUAUGCAUUAUAAUGGUGAAGCCGAUACUAGAUCAAUGUAUUGUGCCCUCGUUAUUGGUUCUUUACUUAAUCUUUUGAAUGAUGAUUUCACUCAUGGAUGCUUAUCUUGGGUUCAAAAAUGUCAAACUUAUGAAGGUGGUUUUGCUGGUGUUCCUGGUACUGAAGCUCAUGGGGGUUACACUUUUUGUGGGGUAGCAUGUUUUUUCUUACUUAAUAAAUCUCUUGAUAACUUAAAUAUCGAUAAAUUGAUUAGAUGGUCGGUAGCCAGACAGUAUCAAUUGGAAGGGGGAUUGAGUGGGAGAGCCAAUAAAUUGGUAGAUGCAUGUUAUGGAUUCUGGAUCGGUGGAGUUUAUGCCAUGAUAGAAACAUUCAUAAAAGCUCCUAUCUUCGAUAGAGAUUCAUUGAAAAUUUAUCUCCUAAAUUGUGCUCAAGAUUCUGUAAAGGGAGGUUUCAAAGACAAACCCAAUACAAGAGUAGAUUUCUAUCAUACUAAUUAUUCAUUACUAGGUUUGAGCUGUUCAGAGUAUAACUUCGAGUCCGGAGACCUUUUGGCUUAUGACUUCAAAACUAACGAAAUUAAUGACGACACCAAUGUGUCCCCAAUAAAUCCUGUCUUUGGUUUACCUCAUGGUAAAGCUGAAGCUUGUAGAAAGUAUUUUAAUAAUUAA